GGAUGCCUGAGAUCACUUACAGAUGUGGAGUUAAUUUCAUAUGUUCUAAUUAUGGAAACUCUUCCUGAAGAUUUUAUGUGGAAUUUUAUAUUCGAUACUUCAACUUUGUGUAAACCAAAUAGGUUAUGUGUGGAAAACCCUUAUAAAGUUGAUAUCCCUAAACUUCGUUUAAAGCUACUAGAGUCAGAAUUAAAAAAUGAUAAAGACGACGAAGAGUUUGAAGAAGAGGUGUGGAAAGAAAACGUCUUGACCGUUGUUUUGUUUAAACGAAGAAAGCUAGAACGGGCAAGUAAGCUCAAUACAAGUAUUUUAAAAGGUAAUCCGGAUAAUUUAAUGGCCUUAGUUAACCUAUACUAUUUAGAAAUAUUAAAUGAAAAUAACGGGGAAAUAGAAAUUAAAAAUAAGUUAUCGAGUUUAAAAAAGGAAGGGAAGUUUAAUGCUAUGAAAAUCAGCUUUAUGGUUGAACUAGCUUAUUCUUUUCGUAAGUUUGGGGGUGCGAAGAACCUUUUACUAUGUAUUGAUCUUUUAACUGAGGUGGUCAAUGAUGGUGUCAACGACGAUAAAAUCUUCUUCAUGUUGGCAUUAACAAAAAGGCGAUGUUGUCACAUAAAUGUCUACACGCAAAUCCCCGAGAAGAUUGACCGGGAAAAUUUUUCUAAGGAUUGUGAAAAAAUAUUCCAAGAUCUAGGAGAAGCAAGUCUUAACGAUAGCAUCAAGGCAGCAUCUUUUGUGGAGCUGGCUGAGUUAUAUGUUCAGGAUGAAUAUCAAGAAUACAUAAGCAAGCGAAUCGAUAAAAAUAAAGAAUGCGCUGAGUUGUGUCAUAAGGCUCUUGCUGUUUCUGACUCUUCAGAAAGGGUUUUAAAAUUAGCUGGCGAGAUAUUAAACCGUUUUCCUGAAACAAGGGAAGAAGCCAUUCAAUAUCUGAGAAAAGCAAUCAGAAUUGGACAUUCAAGUCGAGCAUACCAUCACUUAAGUCUGGCUUAUUCAUACAAAGCAAUAGAACGUGAAGUAGAAUUGGGAUUUCAAAAUGAAGAAACAAAAAAGUACUCGGAAAAAGGUUUAGUGGAGAAAAUUAUUUACAUGUUGCAAUAUCCCCAAGAAAUCCUUCAGCCUUUUAGCACAGGCAAUACGUACGUAGAGGAUGCCGAGGAAUAUCUAACUCUUUCUUUAGAAAAUAGUUUUGGAUCCAACACGGAAGCCAUCUUAGAUUUGGCCUACCUCCGUGCUAGAAAGCAAGAGUACGAUAAAGCUAAAUUUAAUUGUCAGGAGAUCAUCAGAAAAUCAGAUAAACACUCCAGCACUACUGAAUUCCUGUGCACGGUGUCGGCAGGCUUGUUGUAUGAGAUCAUCAGUGCUCUCGAAUGUACGGAGGCGGACUCCCAAGAAAAGGCAACUUGUUGUUUACAGAAAGGUGAAAAAAUGCGCUUGAAAACCGUUUGUAAAAUCAAGGGAAUGUUAGCUACAGUUGCUAAUGUAAGGCCCAGUUCAAACGAUGUUAUCAAACAUUUGAAAGAAAUGAAGCAAAUGUUUGAAAAUAAUGAGCAAGGCAUCUGGAAAUUUGAUACGUUCUUUCAAAAUGAGAGCAGUUUCUCUAAAAUUCGAAAGAGGAAAUAUUCAAAAGAACGCGACAAAAAUAACGACAUCGGCAAUUCGGAUUUGAACGAAACAGAAGCAGAUUCCUUUCACAAAGAAAAGGAAUCUAAGGUAUGUCGUCAAGAAAUGAACGGGCAGCAUUAUAGCUUGUAUGAAGACAUGAACACAUUACUUCAACAGGCUUUUCCAGGAACAUAUUUUACUCUCUCUGAGACUGAAGAUAACGGACUACCAAGAACAAGGAUCAACAACAACUCACAAAGCCCAGAGGUACUUAUAAUAGAAACACUGGACGAAGAUUGUCAAGAGCGCCAUGACAGCUGGUCUAGUAGAACGACAACAGCUCUAACAGAGAUGUUGGUUAAAAGAUUUGGUAUCGUGGCAAAAACGACAAAAGAUGUCAAUCCUCCUGGGUGCCAUAUAUUAGAUCUAGCUGAAUCGGCUGUGACUUUUCCUGUUGUGAUUGUUGUUUAUGGAUCAUGCUCCACCGAGUACAGUUUUAUACUCAAGAGUAUUCUAUUCAAUCAAAUUGACUACAAAGAACCUAAGUUAUUGCUAAUGGUUACUGAAGAAGAGAAUGAGGCACAGAUUUCGCCAUUGUUUUUACGCACCCCUCGACUCAGUUUGUCUUUUGAUGAAAUUUUGCCGCCACUAGAUAAAUGUAAUUCCGAUGAUCACAAUUUAGACAGUGCUGCACCAAGUAACAAAUGCCAAACACUGGAUUUCGACGUUCAAGGCCUGGGCGAGUAUCAAAUGGUCAAAGAUGGCUUGCUAUAUCUGGCCAACGAUGGCAUGUUACAGAUGGCCACAGACGGCCUGCUAUAUCUGGCCAAAGAUGGCCUGCUACAGCUGGCCAAAGAUGGCCUACUACAGAUGCCAAAGAUGGCCUGA